GAAGCCUGGUCUCUGGAGCUGAGGGGCUCUGGGGGCGGCCCUCCCCGAGGCUGGAGGUCCCUCUGGGGGAAGUGGGGGGCUCCUGGGGGCCGGCCUUGGCUCUUUGGGGGGCUCCAGAGGCGCUGGGGGAGGGCAGGGCACCCCAGAGUUAUGUUUGCCCCCUUGGCCUCCAAGGGACCAUCUCAGCCCUCUUUGGGAGGAAGAGCAGCAGGGCCCUUGCCUCUCUCUGCCCCCCAGGAAACCAAGACAGCACCGGGGACCUCUCUCCUGCCUCAUGCCUGGAGCUCCAGUGGACUCUGCAGUGCUUUGGGUGCCCUUUCCCCAGGAAUGGAGCCUCCCCAGAAGUGAAGCAAGGCAAGGCUGGGUGCCUCAGGACUGAACUCUGAAUGUGGGGCAUUGAGUUCGUGGCUCUCCUUUCCCUGAAGUACGGUCGCCUCGCCCUCUGUCCUCCUGGAUCUGGUUCCCUUCAGAUGCCCCCUUCUCAGUGGUCCUGAAGAUGUGACACAGACCAUCGUUGCUCAGCUCUGCUCCUUCCUAAGUCAUUCGGGUGUCUGACCCAUCGCAAAGCACCGCCGCCUCUGCUGGGACCUGGGGCUUGGCCUCAUAUGUAAUAAUGCUUUGAUUGCUCCAGGACUUUCAGCUCUUUUGAGAGAUUACAGCCUGAGUUUUCUACACGUGUUUUCUUAAAAGUUUUGUACUCGGGCCCACGGUGAAGUAUACUUGGAAUCAGUUUUGAGAUCUGCCUUCCAGCCUCAGGGAUCUUUUUCAAACUUGCGUUUUGUUUUUCUUUAAAAAGACUGUUUCUUUGACAUCUUCUGAACUGAAAGUGGUAAUCUCCAUGAAGACUUGUGCGUUGUCCCUUUUCAAAAUGGAAAAUCCUAGCUGGAUAUGUAGCAGUUUGAACUCAACUGUUCCAAUUUAGGAAACCUCACUGUCCUCCCUUUCCCCCGUUGUAUAUAUGUCUGUGUGUGUGUCUUUAAAGGCUCAAUAUGCCUCCUUUUCUGGGAAGGAAAUUCAAGUCAACUUCUGUUAGAGAAGCUUUGUGCUCAUCAAGGAUGCUCAGCAUACUCUGAGAGGCUUUGGCGUUAGAACAUCUGGGGAAGAAACAGCUUUGCAAUGGACUGGCUUUGUGCCUCAGAAUGGCCUCUGCUUGCUCUUUAAAGAAGAAGGAGGAGCUGUAAGAACAUCUGAUGUGAGCGAUGGCUGAGGAAGAUGCUGCCCUGGCCAGCGAACAGUCAGCUGGGCAAGAGGAACGUCCGUACAAGUGCAAACAGUGUCCUCGCAGCUACCGCCAUGCUGGCAGCCUGGUGAACCACAAGCACACCCAUGAGGUGGGACUCUUCCACUGCCUGGUAUGCCAGAAAGAUUUUUCCAACCCCAUGGCCCUCAAAAGCCAUCUCCGCACCCAUCUGGAGGAGAAGCGUCACAAGUGCCAGGACUGCGGACGGGGAUUCCGGGCUUCCUCCCAGCUGGCCAAUCACCGCUGCAUGGCUCGUGUUAAUAGGGACCAGGAAGAAGAAGAAGGAAGUAAUGGAGGCAGCUACCCCUUUCAGAAGGUCCAGGACAUGUCUUCGUUGGAUGGUGAUGCCUAUUCUGGGAUGGAAAGCAGCAGUGGGAGCCUGUUGACCAACCUGGAGAAGUACAUUGCUGAAUCAGUGGUGCCUGCUGACUUUCCCCAGCUGCAGUUCCCAGUCAAGGUGGAAGUGGAGAAAGAGGAGCGGCUCCCAGUGCACCAGAGUGAAGAGGAGGAGGCAACAGUUGUGGGAGGAGUCAGGGCCACAGAGGAUGAACGGCGCUACAAAUGCAACCAGUGUGACAAGGCCUACAAGCAUGCAGGCAGCCUGACCAACCACAAGCAAAGCCACACGCUGGGUGUGUACCAGUGUGCCAUGUGCUUCAAAGCCUUCUCCAACCUCAUGGCACUCAAGAGCCACACUCGUCUCCACUCAGAGUAUCGGCCCUACAAGUGCCGUUUUUGCCACAGAGCUUUCCGGCUCCCUUCAGAGCUGCUGAGCCACCAGAAGGCACACAGCCAGGAUGAGAGCAAGACAACUGGCCUGCCAGCCUGGGACGGCUCUGACCACAGCAUCUGGGAGGAGGACUCCAUUGAGACCUUGGCAAAGCUGGAUAUCUAUCAGCCUCCCCCAGCAGGCACAAACUUGGGAGACAGUGUCCCUUGCAGCCUCAAAGACACUGCUAAGGCAGGAGGUGGCGAACGUUGUAACCCAGACGGGGAGUUGUGUGUCCGAUGCGGUGGAACUUUUGCUGAUGAGGAGGAGCUGAAGGAACACAGUUGCCUCUAUCCAGAGGAGGCAGAUGAAGAAGAGGAGGAAGGCAUUACCCCUUCUCAACCAGCACCUGGUUCCAAUGGCACCUGGGAAGCAAGUUUGAAAGGAGAGGAAAGCUAUCCUUUACUGGAGGAGCGUCCUUUCCGCUGUGGUGACUGUGGCAGGACUUACCGGCAUGCUGGAAGUCUUAUCAAUCACAAAAAGAGCCACCAGAUCGGUGUCUACAGCUGUACUGUCUGCUCAAAACAGCUCUACAACUUGGCUGCCUUGAAGAACCAUUUGCGGGUUCACCUGAAGUCCAAGCUCAGCUCAUCAGCCACGGAGGAGCCUUCUCGACAUCUUUCUGCUGUCUCGGACAUUCAUCGAGAUGAGGGCAGCCCUGGGGACCCCAGAGACUGCCAUUCACAGCGACUGGAUGUCUGGAGAGGAGCCUCCUGUCCAAAGGAAGAGGAGGAAAGAGGCAUUGAGGAGGAAGACCGUCCCUACCGGUGUGGGGAUUGUGGACGGAGUUACCGGCACCGUGGCAGUCUUGUGAACCACCGCCACACACACCAGACAGGGAUCUUCCAGUGCUCCAUCUGCCCCAAGCAAUAUUCAAACCUUAUGGCACUCCGGAAUCACGUCCGUGUACAUUUGCGGGCAGCUCGUAUGCGUGGUCGGGAACAAGGGGGUGGCCUCACGUGCAGCAGUUGUGGGGAGAGCUUUGAGGAGGAGGCCGAGUUCCAGCUCCAUCAGCUACGCCACCUGCCCUCCUCUGAAGACAUUGAGACGUCAGCAGUGCCCAAACUCAGUGUCUUUCACUCUCAAGAGGCAGAUCUCCUCCAAGCUAUCAAACAGGAUGUGGAAGCCCUGGAGAAUGGGGCAACUGUGGCUGAGGAUGUCCUUCCUGCCUCAGAGGUCGCCCAUGUCUGCCACCAGUGUGGGGUGACCUUUGCCAGUGCAGACAGCCUGCAGAGUCACGCCCUCCAGCACAACGGCAAAAAGGAGCAGGCAGAAGGGAUGGCUGAGAGGGCUGGGUCCCCUGUUCCCCUCCAGCGGUUGUAUGGUUGUGACCAGUGUGGCAAAUCAUACCGGCACUCAGGGAGCCUCAUCAAUCACAAGCAGACGCACCAGACGGGGGACUUCAGCUGCUCAAUUUGCGGGAAGCAUUUUCAAAAUGUAGCUUCACUCAAGAGCCACUUGCGUGGACAUCAGAAACCCAGGAAGGGACAGUCUGAGACCACAGUGGUCAUGAAUGAGGAUGAGGAUGGUGAAGUGGAAGAUGGAGCUGCCUUGCCGGGGAUGCAGCCUUCAGGAGAUGAGCUCAGUGACAGCUAUAAUGUUUGGGAAGAAGGUCCUAUCACCAAUGGUUGGCAGUCACAAGCUCCUUCACCGUUGCCAGGUGACUGUGAAGUACCCCACUAUCUCUGUGACCAAUGUGGGCUUGGCUUUGACCAGGCCACUAGUUUGAUGAUCCACAAAGAGACUCACCAACUUGGAAUCUAUCAGUGCUCCCUGUGCCCCAAAGAAUAUUCCAGUCUUCUGGCUCUAAAAAAUCAUUUCCAUGCGCAUGCCAGGGGCAUGGCAUCCUCUCAAGGCAGUCCCGGUGUGGAUGGCAAUGCUGAGGAGCAGCCCUUUCUUUGCAGUUUCUGUGGCAUGAUUUUCCCCAGUGAGGAGGACCUUCACCAGCAUCAUAGCCUGUUGCAUGAAGAGGGAGAAACCCAAAGAGAUGGGCAAGAUGUGGGUCUCAAAAGGGAGGCAGAAGAGCAGCUGGAUGGUGGUGGGGACCGAGAAGAAGAGCAACUUCUCUCUCACAUUUGUGGCUACUGUGGUCAGACAUUCGACGAUAUGGCCAGCUUGGAGAAGCACAGUGAAGGACAUCUGGAGGAGAAAGCUGCUGCCUUAGCAGACACAUCCAUCCAGCUCCGGCGAACUUCCCGCCUAGAGGAGGACCAGCCACCCCUGCUUCCAGUGGAGGUGUCUGCUUCUCCCAGUGAGCCCCUGGACAACCGGCCUUAUGCCUGCAGCCAAUGUGGGAAGACCUAUCGUCAUGGUGGCAGCUUGGUCAACCACAAGAAAAUCCACCAGAUUGGGGAUUACCAGUGCAGCGUCUGCUGCCGCCUGUACCCCAACCUAUCAGCUUAUAGGAACCAUCUCCGGAACCAUCCAAGGUGCAAGGUGAAUGGCAGUGUGCCAGAAAUCCGGCAAACGGUCCCUGCUGCAUCAGGAGAACAGCUUUUUUCCUAUGAGAUGCCCAAGGAAGAGCCCCAGGACCAUAGGGUUGUGGUGCAUCAAACCAGGGAAGACCCGCCAUGCAUUAAGUCCCCUGGAGAGGAAAAAUCGGGAGGAGGUGAAGGUGGAGCAUCCAAGGCUAGCCAAUCAGAGCAUAGGAAGACUCAGCUGUUUGAUAUCUGUGGAGAGUUGUAUGAGGGGAAAACAGUACUAGAAGCCCAUUGGCCUUUGCAUUUUGCCCAAGAAGAUGAGAAGUUAGAGAAAGAGAAGAACACAUCAGGGGAAGAGGAAAAUACCCCAGUUGAAGAGGAAGACUUGGAGCGCCCCUUCCAGUGUGAUAUGUGUGAGCGCAGCUACAAGCAUGCAGGCAGCCUGAUCAACCACAAGCAGACACACAAGACAGGGCUUUUCCAUUGCGGUGUCUGCCAGAAGCAAUUCUACAACCUCAUGGCCCUGAAGAACCACAACCGCACCCACUUUGAAAGCAAACGCUACCGGUGCCCUGAGUGCCCCAAGGCCUUUCGGCUUCAGAAGCAACUGGUCAGCCAUCAGCGGGCGCACUGUGUGAGGAAACAGGACUCCUCUUCCCAUCCCUCCCGGAGAGCCACACGUUCCAAACGGGCUGGGAAAAGGGAGAAUUCUGCCCAACAUCCCAGUGCUGCCAAUCAUCGCCUGGAUCCCGAGGAGCGCCCUUACCAGUGUGGCGAAUGUGGGCGUACGUACCGUCAUGCGGGCAGCCUGCUCAACCACCAGAAGAGCCACAAAGUUGGGCACUUCACCUGCUCCUUGUGCAGCAAGGCCUAUCCCAACCUCAUGUCCCUAAAAAACCACCAGCGAAUCCAUUACGAAGUCAAACGCCACCAGUGUGCGGAUUGCGGCAAGGCCUUUAAGUGGCAGCGGCAGCUACUCAGGCACCAGCGUCGUCCCAGUCCUUGCAAUGUUGGCGGUAGAAGUGGCACUGCACGGCAAGGAUGCGAGAGGAACAAAGUGGCUCCUGGAAGGGAGCAGUGGAGCAGGACUGGGGGUGCUCCAGGGGGGUCCUUUCCAUGCCAUUCAUGCCCCAAACGCUUUCCCAGCCACAUUGCUCUCAAGAACCACAGUCGUGUACACACAAAGAAACGCUAUGAGUGCUCGGAGUGUGGCAAAGCCUACCGAGCCUCCAAGGAUCUGAUGCACCACCGGAGGAAGCAUCAGAGCGAGGCUGCGGCUGAGGAUGGUGACUCCUUCCCCCACAGCACAGCCUCAGCCAGUCAGACACUGGAGGAGCGGCCUUACAAGUGUGACCAGUGUGAGCGGACAUACCGCCAUGCUGGUAGUCUCCUCAACCACAAGCAGGUGCAUGCCACUGGCCUCUACCGCUGCCCCAUCUGCCAGAAGGAGUUCUACAACCGCCUGGCCCUCAAGAACCACCUUCACACCCACAAAAACAAGAAACGCCACCGGUGCCCCUGCUGCAACAAAGCCUUCCGGACUGCCCGGCGCUUGGCCGCCCAUGUCAAGGCCUGCUGUGGGACAAAAGAGGAGGGGGUUUUGGUCUGCCCUGUCUGCUCGAAGAAGUUUGUUCACCACCUCAGCUUCCAGCAGCACCAGCUCUUGCAUGCCAAGGACAAUGGGCAUCCGGGGACUACGGGGGCAGCCAGCUGAGAGUUGUGGGCACAUUUGUGAAGGUUUUGUGCCAAGAACUAUAUGGCAGGGAGAUUAAACUGCAGGGAAAUUCAGAAUGGCUGGGUGGGGAACCUUCUUCAUGGAAACAAUUGUCCUUUCAUUGAAAAAAAGGAAGAGGAGGAGGAUACAGAUGGGGGGGUUCCAUGUGGAUGUUGGGGGUAAAGGGGCACAGCUUUAGGGGGAAAUCUGGGGAGGCAUGGGUAAAAAUAAAAGGAAGAUUGGCUGAGUGAACCCACAUUCUCUACAGAACAUCUGGUCAGGAAGUACUAGGGAGGUUGAGCUCUCUUCCUUCAUGGCAUGUUAUAUUAAGACCUCCAACCAUACCUCCUUUGUGUCCUUUGAAAAUGCCCCCCUAUGGCAACAUAUACCUUUUUUUUGUCUUGAGUCCUAUUUGGAGAACUGAAAUUGAGCAUCCUUGGAACCUUUUGAGCAUGUGCUUAAAGCUCCCUACUGAUUUGAAAUUUUGAACGAUUGUGGGUCUUUUUUGGUAAUGCUUUUAAAUACAUUUGGAAAGUCAGAUGAGUAGUAAGUCCAUGUUUCACAUAUGGUAUUUAAAUUACUGUUUUUAGAGGAAAAACUACAGAAGAACUGUCUGAAAGGGAAAACAACAAGCUGGGUUGUCGCUCAGUGUAAUUGUUGAACAAAGCUGAACAAGAA